GCGCCGUAGAGCUUCCUUUUACAAAAUCCAAGAUGUCGAAGAGAGGACGUGGUGGUACCUCCGGAGGAAAGUUCCGUAUCUCUCUUGCGUUGCCAGUAGGCGCAGUGAUCAACUGUGCUGACAAUACAGGAGCUAAGAACCUGUACAUCAUCGCUGUGCAUGGAAUCAAGGGACGUUUGAACAGACUCCCAGCUGCAGGACAGGGUGACAUGGUCAUGGCUACAGUGAAGAAAGGAAAGCCUGAACUUCGUAAAAAAAUUAUGCCUGCUGUAGUUGUUAGACAAAGAAAAGCUAUUCGGCGGAAAGAUGGAUCGUUUAUAUAUUUUGAAGAUAAUGCGGGAGUAAUUGUAAAUAAUAAAGGUGAAAUGAAAGGUUCGGCUAUCACAGGACCUGUUGCCAAGGAAUGUGCUGACUUGUGGCCCCGUAUUGCUUCUAAUGCAGGUUCCAUUGCAUAGACUAUUGUACUUUCUUUGUAAAGUUACACCAUUACAUAAACUAUACAAUAUAGAGAAAGUAAAGAUG